UCUUCCUGUUUCAUAUUUACAGGCGACGGUGACCUUGCAAGUGUCAAAAAGUAUAUCGAAGAGGACGGUAUUUCUAUCGACACUCAGGAUGAGAAUGGAUAUUCGGCACUUCAUGCCGCAGCAUCAUAUGGACACAAGGAAUUGAUUAAGUAUUUACUGGGGAAAGGUGCCAACGUCAACAUUCAGGAUCCAGAUGGCGAUUCUCCUCUUUUCGUCUGUGAGACAGUUGAGAUUGCCAAGAUCCUGAUCGAC